CGUCAGGGCGUUCCCUACACCGGAAGAGGCGGGGCUUACUCAUGCGUUUUCUGUAUCAUGGCGACGGGGACGCUAAACUUCCCAGGGCUGUUUUACGGAAACCUUUUCGUUUUCUUAUUAAAUUCAAACCCAAUUUAUUGUCAGCAGUUUUCUAUUUCUUUUUCGCAACCGUUGGACUGUGGGGUCCAAAAUUAUUUUGACAUUUCAAGCUUGACUUGUGUGAAGUGUGGACCGAACCAAGUCAGCAGUAAAUCAGGUUUGAGCUGUGAGUGUCAGCCGGGUUUCAAGGUCCUGAGCAGCAACGGAGGAUAUAUUACGUGCCAAAAGUGCACAGACACCAAACCGAGUGUUACGCAGGAUGGAUAUGAAUGUAUCAGAUGUCCAGGCGAACUGGGGGAGGAUGGGAAGUGCCGGUGUCCUACAGGCAGUGUUCUUGUGGAAAGAACUGUAAAUGGCACGCCUCUCCAAGAAGCCCUGUGUGAGUUGUGUAAUGGAACAGAUCCAGCUUUUUCUUCGCCAGACACGAAAGGCAACAGAUGUGUGAGAUGUCAGGAAUCCUUCAUCAACACGUCUCAGACCUGCGCAUGUGGUUCCAACAUUCUGGCUGGAGGAAUGUGUUUCCCUCCCAACAACCUGCCCACUUCGGUCGUGUCCACAAUCAAUUUUGCUCAGUUGGGCCUUGCUGUUACUUCUGACUGGUUUUCUAGCUUCCUGUAUUCUUCUGCAGCUGCAUGUCUGUUGUUCACUAAUCGGACAGCAUGCCAGGCUCUGGGGAACAUGUGUGUGUUGAACAUGCACUCCUCAAGCACUAUCAGCAACGAUGCCUGUGGCCUGUACAACACCAUCUACAGAGCAACAGCGGCGCAGGGCAACAACCAGGACAACCCGUACUGGAGGCUUAACCUGCCCUGGCUGUAUUAUGGAGAACAGCCAGGACUGGCAUCAAGAGUUCUGCAGACUGAGCCGCUGCCUGUAGGAUUCAGCUUUAAAGGCACAAACAAGAACACAAACUUAGAGCUGCUGGCUGCAGUAUACACAGCACAAGGAGAGUUUUUAAGAUGGGAGAACGUUGGCAGAAAAAACCUGCAGCUUUGUCCGGAUACCGUAACCAGAGAGCAGGCUGCAUACACAUUUGGGACGGCCUACAAGCAAACCUGUGUUCUCUCAGUGUUGGAUCUCCUGGGUGCUUAUUCGGAGCCUCUGUUUUACGACAUCUUCAUGGUGCAGCAGAACACUGCGGGAGAUACGCGCCUCCUCGCUGUGCCCAUUCUCAAUCUCAUGCUGCAGUUAAAUGGCCAGUUUGUCAACCAAGCCUCUAACAUGAAUAGCUGGUACCUGACACGAAGGCUGGUGAUGAUAGACACUUUGAGUGGGAGAGAAAAGAGACUGAGUUCCACCCCCAGAGUUAUUCGUGUGGCCAAUAACUUAAAAAUUAGGUUCCAGCUGGUGCCAAACACCCAGAAAGGACAGGUGUACCCCCCUCUGAUGACUGUGUCCUACUCUGAUAUUCUCAUCACUGACCUGGCCAAGCAAACUGUACCUGUGUCAUUCUCUUUGGAGUAUGAGAUGGAUCAGGAAGAAGCUCGAGUUAAAACCGAUAUUGCUCUGGGUGUGUUGGGUGGAGUCGCUGUUGUGUACUCUCUUUUGAAGACGGCAAGCUGGAAAAGAAGGAUAGCCUCUCCCAUCAUUGACGUACAGACCAUUUUGAAGUUCCUGCUGUUCUACGCUGGAGAUUUGGCAAAUGUUUUCUUCUUCAUCACUGUGGGAACUGGUCUGUACUGGCUGAUUUUUUAUAAGGCUCAGCAAUUUGUGUCUGUAUUGUUGCCAUUACCAGCUCAAGAGGACCGUUUUGUGAUAUACGUUGGUUGUGCUUUUGCGCUUAAGGCAGUGCAGUUCCUUCAUGAGUUGUGGUUGCAGAUGUCAGUGGAUAUAUUCUUUAUAGACUGGGAGAGACCUCGCAGUGGCAAGUCCAGUAAAAAUGUAGAAGGGUGGGGUGAAGGAAAGAGCCCAGCACCUACAGUCAGCAUCUGGAGAACGUACUUUGUGGCUAAUGAAUGGAACGAGAUCCAGACCAUUCGUAAGAUCAACCCCACCUUCCAGAUCAUCUCUGUGCUCUUCUUUCUGGAGGUGGUGGGUUUCUCUAGCCUUGCAUUGAGAGACCCUUCUUCAGAGCUUCAGCGCUCAGACGAGGGAUACAUACCUGCCUACAGCCGCAUACUGCGCUACGGUGUGGCAGCUGCUGUGUGGCUCUGCAUUGGUUUCAUACAGAUCAUCUUCUUCUCAGUUUUCUAUGAGCGCUUUGUGGAAGACAAGAUUCGCCAGUUUGUGGAUCUCUGCUCCAUCAGCAACGUAUCAGUGCUGCUGCUUUCUCUACGCUGCUUUGGCUAUUACAUCCACGGCCGAUCUGUACAUGGCCAUGCCGACACUAACAUGGAGGAAAUGAACUCAAACCUGAAGAGAGAAGCGGAGAAUCUUUGUGGCCAGAGAGGACUAUUACCUAAUUCUGACAUUCAGACUUUUCAGAUCUCCAUAACAAGCCGUCUGAGGGCGCAGUAUGAUCGCAUAUUCGAGCCUCUGAGUAGAAGAAAUGGGCCCUCGCGAUUGAUCGAUGCCUCGGCCAACCCAUUCGAGCAGAACACAAAAGCCUAUCACACCAUGAACCGCUUUCUCGCCUCUGUUAUUGACCACGCUCAUCGUGAGAUGGAUUACAUUGUGAGAGAUAAACUGCUCUUUGAAAGAAUCAUUGGAAUGGAGUUCAUUGAACCCCUGGACAAAAGCAUUUUUUAUAAUGAUGACUCUUACUCCUUCGCUGAGGUGCUUUUCUAUGGGAACGAGGCAAUGCUGUUGAUCUUUGACACACUCUUUUUCUGCGUUGUUGAUCUCGGCAGCCAGAACUACAUUCUGGCGGCUGUACUAACAUACGUACAGCAACUGAUCUUCAGACUGAUCCGAAAUGUCUCUGGUCGCAGGAACCUGGCCAGAAAAACUCUGGUUGACAAAAGAUUCCUCAUCUAACUUACUUCUUUAUUUAUUUUUUUCCAUUUUGCCUUAGUGCCAGUUUUAUUGUAGUUCUUUCUUUGCCAACUUUAAUUCUCAAAGCAAGUUGUGUUUUGAUGCCUUUGUGUUUUUAAUGGAUUUGUUGGGUUUGGACUAGAUUUCUUUUUUAGAUGCACGAAAGUUUAUAGUUUGUAAUUCUUGUGUGGCAUACAUAAAAUUGAGUAUUUUUCUACAUCAUUAAUGACUGUAUUGAUUGAUUGAUUGAUUGAUUGAUUGUUGUACAGUGUAUAGAAAUAAAAUCCAUGAAGAUA